GUGUUAAUCAGGUUCAUAAGCCCCAAGGCUCAUAUCGGUGUCUCUGAGGUGAGUACAGGGGGGUCACCGUCCAACACGCCAGCUCUCAAACAGGUUGGUGCUUUCAUACUAGGUUUCUGAGUCUCUCUCUCUCUCUCUCUCUCUCUCUCUCUCUCUCUCUCUCUCUCUCUCUCUCGCCUGUUCCUUUGAAAUUGGGGGUACUUUGUUCAGUAAAAUGUAGAUGUUAAGUCUAUGUUUUCUUUAGACCUAUAAACACCCAUCCCACAAGAACAGCAAUCUUUACUUACAUCCUAGUAAUUGAAAACAACCUACUCAUUCACUCAAAACAAAUAUAAAUGACAAUGAAGGAAAGUCUAAUGCAAAAUGUUUGCUUUAAAAAUCCCCAAGCAAAGUAGAUCCGUAUUGUACUUAACUACUAGCGUUGAAACCCUUUCCACCAGUGCAUGUGAAUAGAGUGUGUAUCAAUGUCCCUGUAAGUAGAGAUCCAGAGUGUGUUAACAGUAAUGCUGCGGCAUCAUUCUCUCCCUAGCCGAGAGAGUGGAAUUACACAGCUAAGCUCAUUACCUUGUAUUAAUAUCUCCUGUCCCAAUGUGGCGCUGCGGUUGAUAAUCCCACACCCUGCCUGAAUCCAUGAAUGCAGGUGCGAAGAGUGAAGACGUAUGAAUCAGUAUGAAUAUAGAUGGAGGCUACAUGACUCUCCAGCAUCACUUCUUAUUCAAACCGGCAAGAUCAGGAUCUUGGUCUGGUUUUAAUGCCACACCAAUCGAUUGUUGAUAAUUGUCCGGCAACAGGCCAGCGAGGGCAAGAUGCCCUCACCCCCUGCCUGAAUGACCAAACAUGCGCUGCAAGUGGCUUCGGAAAAAGGCCUCGGCUAAAGUUGACUCACUAAAGAAAUUGUGGCGUGUAAUUCUGUGGGUCCUCCGAAGGGAGCUGGAUGGUUUGAUGUGAUUUCACAGGCAUCCAUGUCGUUUAUAGACCUCAUUAGCAGCAUGGUCGUCUGCAGCGCUGCGUCGGCACGGCGACAGCAGGAAGCUGAUUAGCAGAGGGGUCGUCCUAGUGAGCCGAACGGAUCGCAGCAGGAGGGGACAUCCCCCUGCUUAGUAAACAAGUGAGAGAGAAUCUAUUAAAGAAUAAACAUGGACAGGUGAACUCGCACCCAGAGGCAAAUAGGACGGAGCGUGGAGCCAUGUGCUGGAAUAAUACAAAGAUGCUGAAAUAACUACUCGACUGAAUUUAUGUAGCACCUCAUGAACGCUCUUUCAUUACCAGUGACAUGCCUUUAAAAAGCGCUCCAUAUUAAAGAAACUUUUUUGCUGUUUUGUAAUGGUUUGUAAAAAGGUCAGGCUCAACAGAAGGCACACUUAAACAGGUUGCAUUCAUCUCUAAAGCGACAAGUGACGGUAACUUGUAGUCUCCUCGUGAUCAGUGCGGUCCGGGAGACUGAACCCAGUGCCAGUGCUUCAUCUGUGCCGUUACCAUGGCAAUGAAGGCAGAUUCUCUGAGCUCCCCCGGGAGCCCGGUGUCCCGGGAUGACCCGGGCCUGUGGAUGACGCUGGACCUCCACCCUGACCCUCGACCCCCCCGUCCGACCUCCGCCCAGACACAUGGAUCGGACCUGGGGGCCGGUGCUGCCUCUGGCGCCGCCGGCGUAGAGGCUCAGGUCUACGUCUUCCUGCCUCCUCCGCGACGGUGCACCGCACCGCCACCACCGCCAGGAGAAGCUACGCCACCGACUCACACCCCUGCCCAUGAUCCUUGCGUGAGCUGUCCCGCUGGAGGGACAGGUGAGGUCACGCAGGCUAAGGGAAAUCCUGCCGGCUUAGGGAGGCGCCCUGCCGAGAGACAGACGGUGGCUGAGCACAGCGAGGUCACGGACGAGGAAACAGGCAGCGAGAGAGAGGGGAACCGGGACCCAGAGGAUCAACAGCAGCCAGGGGAUAUGGAAACCGAAACCGCCUGUGAAGAGAAGGACGCCAAUACAGCACAACACAUUGAAAGCCUGAUUAUGGCGGGCGGAGUCGAAACCCUGGCGCAAACUAGCAGCGAUGCAUCAGAGCAACCGCGCAGUCCCGACACGUCGAAGGACCCUGAAGAGGGAUCUGGGAGCCAUUCUGGUCGGAUGGGGGUAACUAUCUCCACUGAGGAAUACAAGGCCUCGACCUCCCCCCCUUCAGACCUGGAGGACGGUCGAGAGGAAGAGGAGAGCGGCACCCUGUUGCCUUCAGGGCAGAACAAAUCUCUUCCCCCGGGGAUUAAAUCUCCGGGAGAAAGUGAGGACACCUCUUCUGUCUCUGCUGGCACAAACUCUCUCAGCCCAACAAAUGGGGGUAUUGCCGGCCAUGACUGCCUUGCUUCAGAUGUGACAGACCUAACAGACAUUGAGUCCGCUCAGGAAGAUGACCGUCCUCCAGAAAACAUCAUGGAGGAGGAGGUACCAGAUAUUGUCGAACCGCUGGACAGUGACACGGUGAAGGAACAGUUGGGAGUCAGGAGGCAGAGUGACAACCUACCAUCCCUUUCCACCCACCUCGCUGUCGAGUCCUCCGCCGACCAACACACUGAGCUCCUGCUCCCUACUCCGGAACCUGGCCGCCGACAGAGUCAGAGCGACGGGAGCGAGGCCAUAUCCUACGUGAUCCAGCAGGGGGAGCUGUUGCUUCAGCGGCUGCAGUACGUCCAGGACAGACAGGACACACAGCCGCCCACCACACCGCCCGCCGGGGUCCCAGCCAAUCAGACGGCUGAUGAAGGAGAGGAAGGGGAGCAGGAGAGCGGUGCAGCGUGGAGUGAGGGGCAGAGUUUGGGAGCGGGGGAGGAGGGCGGGGCUUAUGAAGUCGAACUAAGGGUGGAGAACAGAUCAACCCUGGUGGGAGAGGAUGAAGAGUGUGGACGGACCGAGGGACAGGGAGAGAGUGAAAGGACCGAAGAGGGUGUUAUCAAAGAGGGGUUGGCAGCGAUACCGGUGGAUCCCACCCUAGCCCCCCGCCCUCACCUCGGGGUCCCACGGUUAGAGAACAUCCCAAGCGAUCAUCAGAGUGACACCGGGGUCUCGGCGGACGUCUCCCCGACGCAUGCGCAGGGGGCGCCGACCCCCACCGAGACCCCCGUUGUGGAGAUCAGCCCCGAUGUGCUGGAGAUUCCCUUCAAGACCCCUAUCCUCCUCAAAGAGCUGCCGGGCGGAGAAACCGGCACGGCCAGGUGCCUGACCCGGCAGUUCUCGGAGAAGAAGAUGCAGAAGGAGAUCAGCCAGGAGCGGCAGAGGGAGCUGGUGCUGGUCAACCAGGGCACCAUCCCCGGGGAGUACCGCAAGGAGGGGACCCGGCAACUGAAGGAGACCAAGAAGCUCUUCGAGGGCCUCCUGCGGGGCUCCGCCGAGGGGGCGGUCAGGCUCAGUAAAACCACCUUCACGGACCCCGUCUACCCCUCGGUUCUGGAGCGCACCCGCAGCAUGGAGAUGCUGUCUCUGCGGGGCCAGCCGGUCUGCCGGACCCAGUCCCUCAGGGUACCCCGAUCCGAGGCCACCAACGGGGGGUGGAGAAGGGAGAGGUGCCGGUCCCGGAGCCCUGUCGCAGGGCCCUACCGCAGGCUCGAGCACAAUCUGCGCCAUCACAGGAGCAUGGACUCUCUGAGCGUUGAGGCCCUGGCGUCCAAACCGGGGAGCCGGAGCAAGGCUAAAAAGCUGGAGCCCUUUCUGGGGGCGAACCCGUUCGUCAAGCUGCGGCCUGCGCUGGCCCGCCAGCCGGAGGUCCAGAAGGACAUCCAGGAGUCCAGGGAGCGAGAGGAGGAGCUGCGCAGACAGAGGUGUGCUCUGUACGGAGAGAGCCUCCAGCCCCAGGAGGACGAGGACCCAGCCGCACCCACAGACAGCAGCACAGCAGCAGAUCCCAGGCAGCAGUCCAAGGGGAAAUUGGACCGGAUUUGGCCGCCACCGCCCAGGACAGGCGGGCCGAGCUCUGGCCAGACACAGGGGCCCCGGGCUUCCCGACCGGGGGGUCAUGUGACCGGGCUGUCCCAGCGCUGGGAAGCGGCCAGUCGCCCCAGUACAGACCAGUCGUAAUCAUUGACCAGAUGACCUUUGACCUCUGAAAGGACCACGGCAACCUUGCUGCACCGACCGAUGUGGACGACCUGAUUCCUGAAACACGUCAAACUCUGUUGUCAUGACGAUGCGUUCCGUAAUGUCAACGGCGUUGUCAUGGCGUUCCUGUUCCAUUCCGUUAUCUUGAGUAGCUUUGUUCAUCUUAUUUUGCUCUCAACUGUGUUCUCUAGAUCCCAUUCAGACAGGCUUUGGAUUAACUGUAUGCUCAUAAAGGUUGUAUAAAUCCCUAUUUUAUAGCUCAAAUUGACAUGCAAGUAAAGAAAUAUCAUGAGUA